CCCUAAGCUGCAAAGAAGAAGGGUUGUUGAGGUUGGUUGGAUAACAUAGCAUCAUGCUAGCUACAGAGUGAGAGUUGGGUAAAAACAACUGCUCCUAAAGUCUGUCUUUCCUGGAAGACUUCAGCAAAGACUAAUUUUCUGUUAAGUUAAUACCCAUGUUCAUCGAUAGUAGACACCAUGUCAGCUCUUUUAUUGCUGAACAGUGCUGGAAUCUGCAGAAAAUACAGCAGAUGUGUGAUAUGGACGCUAUCAAGGCGAAACUAUCAAGUUUUAACAAACAAAGUGAUAUCCAGUGAAGGCGCUGGUAAUGUACUGUCCAGGUGUGCUAAUGUCAGGAAGACACUGCAUUUUCCAAGAUCAGAGCGGACUCUCACAGGUCAGCCUCAGAAGAAACUCAUCCAAAGUCUUCUCCACAAACCUUUGAGUCCUGACAUGGUUGGACUCAGCAGAGAGUUAAUCAGAAGCAACCUAUUAAAGAAUCCAGCUGGUUUAUUAAAUUUAUUAGGGUCAACUAACUUUUUCAGUACGUCUCAAGCCAAAAAACAAAAAAAUAAAAGUUCUGGGCCAAAGGGAAAAACUCCUCAGGAAGAUGAAGAGGAGAAGAAACGGCGUGAGCAGGAGGAUCAGAUGUACCGCGAGCGCCUGCGGAUGCUCUUCAUUAUCGCACUCGUCAUGAGCCUGCUUAACUCUAUUAAUACCAGCGGCGGCAACAUCUCCUGGAAUGACUUUGUCAACGAGAUGUUGGCCAAGGGUGAGGUGUCCCGAGUGCAGGUCGUUCCUGAGAGUGACAUUGUAGAAAUCUACCUUCAUCCUGGGGCUGUCAUCUUCGGGAGACCUAGGCUGGCACUCAUGUACAGAAUGCAGGUUGCAAACAUUGAUAAGUUUGAGGAGAAGCUGCGAGCAGCAGAGGAGGAACUAAACAUCGACACCAAGGACAGGAUACCAGUGACGUACAAACGGACUGGAUUCUUUGGAAAUGCAGUCUAUGCUCUGGGAAUGGCUGCUAUCGGGGUGGCUAUUCUCUGGUAUAUCUUCCGACUUGCAGGCAUGGGCAGCAGAGAAGGCGGCUUCAGUGCUUUUAAUCAGCUGAAGAUGGCCAAGUUCACCAUUGUUGAUGGUAAAUCUGGGAAAGGAGUGAGGUUCAAAGAUGUAGCCGGCAUGCAUGAGGCUAAGAUGGAGGUAAAGGAGUUUGUUGACUACCUCAAGAGUCCAGAAAGGUACCUGCAGCUGGGAGCCAAGGUUCCUAAGGGAUCGUUGCUGCUCGGGCCCCCAGGAUGCGGCAAGACCCUGCUGGCCAAAGCUGUAGCAACAGAGGCUCAGGUGCCAUUUCUGGCUAUGGCUGGCUCUGAGUUUGUGGAGGUCAUUGGAGGUCUCGGUGCUGCCAGGGUCAGGAGCCUGUUUAAAGAGGCCCGUGCUCGGGCGCCUUGCAUCGUCUACAUAGACGAGAUUGACGCUGUGGGGAAGAAGCGCUCCACCAAUAUGUCAGGGUUCUCCAACACGGAGGAGGAGCAGACUCUCAACCAGCUCCUGGUGGAGAUGGAUGGAAUGGGAACAACAGACCACGUCAUCGUUCUGGCCUCCACCAACAGAGCAGACAUUUUGGAUAAUGCUCUUAUGAGGCCAGGCCGGCUGGACAGGCACAUCUUCAUAGACCUACCUACACUGCAGGAAAGGAAGGAGAUCUUUGAACAACAUCUAAAGAUCUUGAAGCUGACCCAACCAGCUAAUUUCUACUCUCUGCGGCUGGCUGAGCUCACCCCAGGCUUCAGUGGUGCAGACAUUGCAAACAUCUGCAACGAAGCUGCACUGCACGCUGCCAGAGAGGGGUUCAAGUCCAUCGACACUUUUAACUUUGAGUAUGCUGUGGAAAGAGUGAUAGCAGGGAGCGUAAAGAAAAGCAAGAUUCUGUCUAAAGAAGAGCAGAGGGUGGUUGCCUUCCACGAGUCUGGACACGCCUUAGUAGGAUGGCUGCUGGAGCACACCGAGGCAGUGAUGAAGAUCUCCAUUGCUCCGCGAACGAAUGCCGCCCUGGGUUUCACUCAGAUCUUACCCCGCGACCAGUACCUGUUCACCAAGGACCAGCUGUUCCAGCGCAUGUGCAUGGCUCUGGGAGGAAGAGCGGCCGAGGCCAUCACUUUUAACAAGGUCACCACAGGAGCUCAGGAUGACUUGAGGAAGGUGACACGUGUGGCUUACUCUAUGGUGAAGCAGUACGGUAUGUGUGACAGUGUGGGGCAGGUGUCGUUCCCCGAGACGCAGGAGCAAGGUGCCGUCGGGCGCCGCCCUUUCAGCCAGGGCCUGCAGCAACAGAUGGAUCAUGAGGCUAAGAUGCUGAUAGCUCGUGCUUACAGACAUACAGAGAAACUGUUGCUGGACAACAGGGACAAACUGACCCUGUUGGCCAACGCUCUGUUGGUGCGUGAGGUGGUGAACUAUGACGACAUCGAAGCCUUGCUGGGCCCGCCGCCGUUUGGGCCGAAGAAGAUCAUCCUCCCUCAGAGCUGGGUGGAGGCAGAGAGGGACCAGCAAGACACAGAAGAGGAUGAACCUCAACCUCCUCCUCGCAAACGUAGAGAGGACGACGUUGAUCCGCAGUUAGUCUGACAUGUUUCUGAUUUGUGUCUUUAUAAGUUGCUGCAUUUUGUCCCUUCAUCAGGAGCUGGUGGAGUGUUAAUACCAGCAGGGACUCCUCAUAAGGCUUGUUCUGACAGUAAAAGUAAAGUUUGAACAACUCUGUUGCUGAAUCACCUUCCAGAUUUGAUUUCUCUGCAACUUUAAGAAUGUUGUAGAACUAUUGUUGGUCUCACAAUGUUUGCUACAAAGUUUGAAAGCAAG